AUGCGAUCAUGUGUUUUCUCUUUUCUGCUAGCUCCUGAGAUCUUGAAGUUCGUUGUGAAGAUCGAUUUGCUCUACUUCUUGUUGCCUAUCUUGAGUAAGUAUGUUAUAUUAUUAGGUUCAGUUUUUUGUUAA